AAGAAACUUCUCCAUAUUUAUCUUAUCGGUAUCAUUGAACAGCCACAAUGCAACCGCUACUAUUUCAUUUCGACGAAUAAUAAAGUGCUCGCAAUUAGUGUUGGAAUGACGUGGUUGGUAUCGCAACAUCCCAUCUAGUAUAAAUAUACAAGGAUUAUUAUUAUUUCGAUGUAAUUUCAAUUGUUAAGUGUAUGAGAGCAGACGACCGUCGACGGUUGGAUACACGUUUGUUGUCGCGAGAGUUUUCGUCUAGUGUACGAUCAGUAUUAACAGAUUUAGUGCAAACCUAAGUUCCAAAUGGCUAAAAUGUUGGAGAGCUCUCCAAACGCAGCAUUGGAUAAAUCCUUAAUCCAACACUAUUUGUCUCUACCUAUUCCAGAUGGAAAGUGCCAGGCCACAUACAUAUGGGUAGAUGGGUCUGGAGAAAAUGUCCGGUGUAAAACCAGAACCAUAGAUUUCGUUCCCAGCGAUCCAUCAGAAUUGCCAAUAUGGAACUUUGAUGGAAGCUCAACGAACCAAGCAGAAGGCAGCAACUCAGACGUUUAUUUAUACCCAGUUGCUAUCUACAAAGACCCCUUUCUAAGAGACAACAACAAAUUAGUCCUCUGCGACACCUACAAGUACAACAAGAAACCCACGCUAACCAACAGACGGAUAUCCUGUUUGCAGGCUAUGGAUGCCGCCAAAGAAACCAUACCCUGGUUCGGAAUUGAACAAGAAUAUACUUUGUUGGACAUGGACUUGCGGCCUCUCGGUUGGCCUAAAAACGGUUUUCCCGGUCCCCAAGGACCCUAUUAUUGUGGUGUCGGCGCAAAUAAAGUGUACGCCCGUGAUAUAGUGGAAUCGCAUUACAGAUGUUGUCUCUACGCUGGAAUUAACAUUUCAGGGACCAAUGCGGAAGUUAUGCCUGCCCAAUGGGAAUACCAAGUAGGACCAUGUGAAGGCAUCGCGAUAGGCGAUCAAUUAUGGAUGUCUAGGUAUAUAUUACAUAGGGUGGCAGAAGAUUAUGGUGUUAUAGUGACAUUCGAUCCAAAACCAAUGGAAGGUGACUGGAACGGAGCCGGUGCCCACACCAAUUUCUCAACGAAAGCUAUGAGGGAAGAGAAUGGCAUUGUAGAAAUUGAAAAAGCCAUCGACAAACUCAGCAGAAAUCACCUUAGACACAUUCAAGCCUACGAUCCCAAAGGAGGAAAGGACAACGAACGUCGUCUUACUGGAAGACAUGAAACUUCUUCUAUCCAUGACUUUAGUGCAGGUGUUGCAAAUCGUGGAGCUAGUGUUAGAAUUCCGCGUGGUUGCGCCGAGGAUAAGAAAGGUUAUCUUGAAGACAGAAGACCAGCUUCGAAUUGUGAUCCGUACGCGGUAACGGAAGCAAUAGUGAGAACAUGCAUUCUAAACGAAUGAAUAUAGCACAAUUUACACGUAUUUGUAUUAUAAUCUUUACACACGUUUUAUAAAUUUAUGUAUGUUGUAUAUGAUAUAAAGAAAUUUAUUAUUUAAUUUUUGAAAUAAUUGUAAAAUUGUAUAACUAACCAUCGAUUUAUAAUGAUGGAUUUCACCAAAAUCACAAAAAAAUAUUGCUAAUUUGUAUUUGUAAUCUAUCAAUUAAAUAUUAAUUAUUAUUAG